CCAGAGCCUCCGACCCGCUCCUAAACUCAGGGUUUUUAGGGAAACCUUCCGUCGCUCUGCCGCGACUCCCUGGGCCGACUUUCCCAUUUGGAAGAGGCUCGAUGCAGAAGAAUGAAACGUGUUCUUUGAGCCGUUCCUCCUCCCCUUCCCCCGCCCCACCGUAGCGGAAGGCGGGGCCCGGGAAGACGUGAGCUCUGCGCACGCGCAGCGCGGCCCACGUGGAACCGGCUCAGGGGCGACCAUUCUGAAGACAGGAGGAGCUAAUGCCCAGAGCAGCACGUAACUGUAAGUGCAGCCAGGAUUGGAAGAGCAUACAAUUUGGAUGUGGGAAACCAGUUGUGACUCUGGCACGGCACUUAACCGGAGUGUUUCCUCCUCCACACACAGGCCAUCACACAGGAAUCGGCGUCUUCAGAAUGGCCGCAGCCCCCCAGGCCCCAGGGAGGGGCUCUGUGCGGAAGACCAGACCUUUACCUGUGAAGACGUCAUUGAACAACCCGUAUACCAUCCGCUGGGGUGCCCUGGACAGGGAGGAUAUGCACUUCAUCCUACAGACCCUGGAGGACAGGAUUAAAUCUCUCGGGCUUCAGAAGACCGAGGACAGGAAGAGAAAGAAAAAGCUGCCCGCCUUGAAAACACAGCGCGGAGACACGUGCAGCAUGGACGUGGACACUGGUGAGGGUGUGAAGGAGGAAAAGCCCGAAGGCGGGCCCCAGGCGUCAGGGUGGACCCCUGCUGAAGUCAGAAAGCAGCUUGCCAUCGGCGUCAACGAGGUCACCAGAGCCUUGGAGAGGAACGAGCUGCUCUUGGUCUUGGCGUGCAAGUCGGCCAAGCCGGCCAUCGUCACCGCACACCUGGUGCCGCUGAGCGCCAGCAGAGGUGUGCCCGCCUGCCAGGUGCCCCGGCUCAGCGAGAGGCUCGCGCCCGCCCUGGGCCUGACGUGCGUCCUGGCCUUGGGGUUCAAAAGAAACACGGCUGCCUUUGCGGAGGAGGUGAGGGCCAUCAUCCCCAGGGUGCCCCGUCCGGACGUGCCGUGGCUCCGGGACACACUCGAAGACCCCGGGGGGGACCGGGGGGUGGAAUCUUUGGAAAGCCGAGACAGAGAGAUCUUGGACACUUCCUUCGAAGACCUCUCUAAACCCAAGAGAAAGCCCGCCGAGGGUCAGCAGGCUGCAGUGUUACAACCCCUGAAAAUAAAGAAACUGAUUCCAAACCCCAAUAAGAUAAGGAAACCACCCAAAAGCAAAAAAACGGCUUCAAAGUAAUCUUGUAUAAACCUGUCACUUCAUACAGUUGUAAAACGACACCUCGUAGAGAAGCCUUGAAAUGAAUA